GAUGAAACGGUUUUGAUUCUUGCGCUUUCUCUUCACAAUGCAUUACUCAGAUACAAGAUCGUUUGCUUCUUCCAUGUCUUUGGAAUCAAAUAAUACCCACUUGAGUCCAUGUUCAUGGUAUUUUCGUGCACAAAGAUCAAGUUUAUCUCUUGCAAUUCUUGUUGCAUUGAUCCUAUUCACGGACAUGUUGGUCUAUGGCGCAGUUAUUCCUUGCCUCCCUUUGCUUGUCUUGGACAAGUUUCAUGGUACGCCAAAAGAUAUUGGUAUUUUAUUUGGUUGUUUUGCCUGUGGUUAUCUUAUGGCUACACCUAUUUUUGCUGUACUCUCUGACAGCUAUAAAAACAGAAGAUAUCCUCUCAUGAUAGGCUCCAUUUGUUUGAUCAGCUCCACUUUGUGCUUUUCUUGGGCAACAAACUACAAGUUAUUUGUGAUGGCAAGACUAUGUCAAGGCGUUUCUGCUGGCGCUUCGUGGACAAUUGGCUUGGGCAUGUUGGCAGAUGCAUUUCCUAACGAAACGUUAGGCCGUGUCAUGGGCACAGUAAUUUUAGCGCAUACAAUAGGGUUUGUUCUUGGCCCUGUUAUUGGUGGUAUGUUGUAUGAGUAUGGAGGGAUGUCUGCUCCCUUCUAUUUCUGUAGUUUCUUUGGCUUGUUGACUCUGUUGGGAUCUAUAUGGAUAGCUGAACCCUCUCCAGUUCAACCAACACUAGAAGAGUCCACACCGCUUAUGACUUCAAGAAAGAAUGAAUUAAUUCGUUUGGUUCAGCAUCGUCGUAUUCUUGCUUGUGUCAUAUGUUGCUUUGUCACGUCCGUUGCUUUAGCGGGAAUAGAACCAGCAUUGCCCAUUUAUCUUUCAGAAAAAUACCAUGCUUCUACAUCAACGAUAGGAAUCAUCUUUGUUUCUUUGGUCAUUCCUUGUUUUCUAGGUCUAUUCACAGGCUAUUUGUCUGAUAAAUACGGCAGACCUUGGUUUAUCGCAACAGGUAUGUUGGUUGCUUCGGUUGCUGCUCUCUUGGUCAGUUUGUCUGCGAAGACAUCUUUAUAUGGUAUGGUACCUUUUCUUUUUUUGUUGGGUCUGUCAAAUCCCAUAGUACAUACACCUCUUAUGCCUGAAAUGGGGUCCAUUGUUAGUCAAAUGAAAAGCACGGCAUUUGCUCAAGUCUAUGCGCUGUACAACAUGGCUUAUUCAUUAGGCACACUGGUAGGACCCUUGAUCGCUGGCAUCAUCCUGUCUUCCCCUUCCCUUGGUGAUACAUCUAGUCAAUUCCAGAUAUUGAUGCUCAUUUUUUCUGUUUUACUUGCCAUUUCAUUUCCUGCUAGUAUUGUGAUUAUUAUGUGCAAAUAAACUAUUCCAUCUGGUAUACGCAAAAUCCAUUGUGUACAUUAGAUAAUACAAACAAA